UUAAUUAUAAGGAGGUAAUUGGCACCAUCCAUGAGCUUUUCUCUGCCAUUAUUUUAACCAAUAAUUCUUUUCUUUAUGGCAAAGGACAUCCGUGCGCCCAGCCACUUAUGGUUUUCCAUUGCCGCGGCUGACUCGCAACGUCUGUCCUCAUAUCCUGGCUGUUGGAAACAUAACCCCCAGUACUUAUAAAUAAAACUUGUCUUAGAAAAAAGAAUGUGGUUUGUCAUUUAAGCUCUUUAUGCUUUGACACGAGGAGAGCUAAAGAUCGAACAAGACAACUCACUCUGCAGUAUAGCGACACCUGACUGUUCAUAGGUUAAAUGUGCAGAAGAUACCACGCUGAAAAAAUUAUUCUUGACCUUAAUAAUCUUUGCUGUUCAGGAUGAGAAGAUUUCGUGUAAAAUGCCGCGUUUUUAAAUGUAUUUAAUUAAAAGAGCGUGUGUGGCCCAAUAUUUGGGAUUUUUAUUACACUCAAAAUUUUGUGUAAACGCUAAUAAAUUUGAGAAAACGCCAACAUUCGCUACAAGUGAGCACAUAUAACUACAUGUUGUAAGACUUCUUGGGAUUAGACGUGACAGAAAGUUCGGGCGAAGAAAACGUUUGGAGGACAUGCUUACCAACGAAUUAUUUUACAGGGGAUCUUUGGUUCAAGGACAUUUCAUCCAAGUGACAACCAACAGCAGCUGGAGACUCCAGUUGACGAUGAUGCUGAAGGAGAUCAAAAGCAUCUGGAGUCUCCUGCUGACCCAGCUGAAGGAGACCAACAGCAUCUGAUGCUGAUGGAGACCAGCAUUCCAUCUUAUCAUUGUUGAAGAAGAUAGACACCUCACUGCCUCAGAGUGCCGUCCGCUGCCCGGUCAUCCUCUUGUUGUUGCCAGACAUCAUUCUCAAAAUGUCAGGCAGCAUCUAGAAGCUCCACCUUCCACAGCCAAGAGAAGACGAGCCGAGACAUGCUGGUGUUUGAAGUCUCACUAGAGCACAGCGUCAGCAUCUCCGGCAAUGAAGUCCUGCUCUUGGCAAAGACAAAAGAGGAGAUGACUGAGCUGAGCCCUAAUGGUUUUCCCCUGAACACGAGACUAACCCGGGAAAGCACAACCAUCAAGCUGUUAGCGGGGAAGGUGGUGUGCUAUGCAUCCACAUGCGUCGUGGACAUCACUGAGCACACCCCAUUCUACAAUCGCGUGCAAACGGACUUGGCAGCUUGGGCCUUUGUCAUGGGCCUGGGGCUGGAUGGAGUCCUGGUGACCGAUCACUGGGCUGACAUCAGAACUAAGAUUCAGCCCAAGGAGUGUAACCCGGACGACUCUCAGGGUGACAGAGCGACCAAGCGCUCUCGCCCAAAAUUAAAGGCCCUAGUCCAGGAUUUCUCAACACUCAUUAACCGAGGAAAGAAGCGGUUAAAAGAAGUUCGUGCCAUAAUCCUCGGCAGAUUAAGAAUAGCCAACAAAAGGGCCAUCCGUGCACCCAGCACCGGGAACCCCAAGUGAUGUUCCACUGCCGCGGCUGACAGGCGACGUCUGUCCUCUUAUGUUGGCUGUUCAAUUAACCUGCAGUCCUUGUAAAUAAAACCUGUCUUAGAAAA